UCUCCUGACACGACAACCGAGACAAUAAUGUUCUUAUCUUCCCAUUCUCCCGAGAGAGGCGUGAUAUACAGUAUCCUGGCUCAAUAACGGAGGACGGGUUGGCUUCCUCGAAAGGCGUGUGUUCUGCGCUGGGAAAGUUGGCUCCUCGUCGACAGCGUCAGUCGCGCCAGUCAAGACGGCUUCAACAUGUCUCCCCGCAAGAAGCUGUGGCUGAACCUGGGACGGACGUGCAACUUGAGCCUCGGAAACCUAGGAAUGGGCCUCGCCAGCGGCAUCACAGGCGUCGCUUUGCUGGACCUGGCUGAGAUCUAUUCGACAAGCAUCGCCAGCCUAUCGUACCUCCUCACCAGUCUGGGCGUCGGCGGUCUCAUCGGCUCCCUUCUUGGAGGUAAGCUACACGACACGUACAACACGCAGUUGGUGUCAAUCUUCGCACUGUCACUAACCAGCGUGACGGUGACCAUGAUACCGCUCAGCGGCAUCCUGCCCCUGGCGCACGUCACCAUGUUUCUGUGCGGAGUCAGCGUGGCUGCUUUUCUGACCGGCGCAAACAUCUGGAUCAUCAGGAUGUGGACGGAGAACAGCAGCCCGGCGCUGCAAGUAUUCCACUUGGCCUUCGGCAUCGGUGGCCUCCUGGGUCCGUUCAUCGCGCGACCGUUCCUGUCCAACAACAGCGCCAACGCUACAGCCCCGAACAACCCCGACCAAAUACACUUCACCGAGAACAUCUUUCAUAGGCCAGUCAACCUAAUGCCUCUUGCCGACAACUCCACUGCUCGAAAUGCCACAAGCGAAUCACACGUAUACUGGGCAUACGGCACCGUGGGCGCGUUUUAUGUCAUUCUGACCAUUUCUAUGAUCGUAUUUUACAUCGUGGACCGUGUGGACUUCAAACCCGCAGUGGCCGAAGAUGAGAUCUCUGCCGGAGCCGAGGGACCACGUAGCACUGUCCGCUUUACUCGAAUCGUUCUGGCAAUGAUGUGCCUCUACAUAGGCAUGGAAGUCGCUUUCGAGGGUACCACGUCACAGAUGGUGGCCACGUACGCAGUCAAGAGUCGGCUCCACUUCUCCAAGGCGUUGGCUGCCCGCCUCGAAUCCACCUACUACUUGUCCUUUGCCGCCAGCCGCCUCACCGCCAGCCUGGUUACAAUCAAGCUUCCUAUCUUCUGGGUAUUAGUCUCGGUGCAAGUCAUUCUUAUACCGACAGUCGUGACGCUCGCGGUGCUGGGAUCCAGCAGCUCCACGGUGCUGUGGAUCUGCACGGCUCUCCUGGGCGUGGGGCAGGGGCCGGUCUAUGCCGCCAUAAUAUCGUGGACGUCCGGGAACAUCAACCUAAGCAACAAGAUGAUGGGUUUAGUCGCUGUCACCGAUGGCAUCGGGUCAAUGACGGCACCGGUUGUUGUUGGCCAGUUUCUGGACAGCGACCCCAACGUCUUCCUCUACAUGUGUCUUUCGACGUCCAUGUUGUGUGCUCUAAUUUUCACGUCCAUGUAUCUCUACAUAAGAAGCGCGCGAGACCAUGGCGAUGACAAACAACUACUUGUGAACGAUUGUGACAGCGAACCCAGUGAGAGACUUCAAUAGUAUUUCAAACUUUACCUACGCUUAUGUAAUUGAGCUGCUGCCUUCUUUGGACAUUUUGUUCACAAUACUGUUCACACCAAAUUACCACCGAAG